UUCCGCAACCCUCUGUACAUGUCUGGGGCCCAUCUCCCACCACUCAGUGUGAUUCACGAGUUUCGGAAAGGAAAACGUGGGUCGUACUUUGCUGUGGCAUUGUGCAGCAGUAUAUAUUGACCGGAGUCAAUCUGAACAUAGCCCGUGGGAUUUUAGUGAUUGCUGCUCAAUGCAGAACUGUGGAGAAAAGAUUUUCCCCAAAAUUGGAGCGUGAACCACAGCUCGAAUCAUGCAUAUGGGGAAAGGCCGUUUCACGUGAAUAUUUGAACCAGUAUCCAAGGGAGACCACUGCUGCUCUUUCCGAAGAAUAUUCAUAAGAAACAGAUAUUUGGUAUUCUCUGGUAAUUGGUUCUAACGGUUCCAUAAAUCCUGCAAAUGGUGUGUAAUGCAAGAGAGUACCGCUGCUGUUUACACACCGUCGGUGCUGUUACAGAUAUAAACAUCUGCACAUAUCAUGCCAAGGCUCGCUGGGAGUGACAUCACGUUGAUAUGAACGAUAGUGGGAAGAUUUUGGAAUAACACGUUUUCUUUGACUGGUUAAGUAGACAUCCAACAAUCAAAGAUACAAAGAUGGCUUCCACCGGUGUGAUAGUAUCUGUGUGUAUGUGCAUCAUUGUUGGAACACUGGAAUUUUCUAGAGUCACCCUAGCUGCUAAAAUCCCGAAUGUCGACGCUCCCCAGCUCAACAUCACCUACUACAUAGGGAACGACGCCGAGCUGCAUUGCACCGUCUCUAACCUGGGCAGGAAUACGGUGACGUGGAGGAAGCUGUUCGACCCAGUACCCAUCUCUGUAGGAACAGCUAAGUUUACGCCGUCCAAGAAGUACCGGGUUGUUCACGACGCUGCCACCAAGAGGUGGACACUGUACAUCAGAAAACUGGACACGUCGGACGCCGGGGAGUACGAGUGUCGAGUCACUGGACACGAUGAAUUGUCGCAGACUCUUACAAUCAUUAUGCCAGGGAACGGCGACACCCACAUCGGGGCUACAGAGAGUAUCCUGAAAGUAGACGUUGGACAGACGGUGCUGAUGCCAUGCAAUGUUAAAAACCUCAAGAAACACAAGGUGUUGUGGGUAGGGGAGCGAGGUGGAGUGUUGGCGUUUCGGAAGAAGGUCCUCUCCAGUGACAGCCGUCUCCGGAUCCAGCACAACACGCGGGAAGAAUGGAGUCUUCGUAUCAGGAACGUCAGGGACAGCGACUUCGGCACAUAUACAUGCAUCGUCAACACCAACCCAGUCCUCACUCGCACCUUCACACUAAGAAGCAAAGGUCCUCAAAGGCAAGCCCCCGUACUCAUCACGACAAACCACAUCAGUGUGGUGAAUGUCAAGGAAGGCAGCCCCGCGACCUUGGUCUGCAACUUCAGGGGUUACCCUGCCCCCAAGGUCAGCUGGAGUGCACGUGUUAUGAUUGCUGGCAAGAAAGUCAAGAAAAAUCUGGAAGGGCGUGGUACAAUGCAUAAGAUUGCAAGUGCUAGACCAGAAGACAGUGGCAACUACACAUGCACAGGUCGGAACGGCGUCUACCCCUCCGGCAGAGGCAGGGUCAUGUUGGUCGUGGAAGCCAAGCCGACGACCCCUGCCCCACGGACCACACCAGCCACCCCCAAUGGCCCAGCGAGACCAAUUGUCUAUAUGGAGGCUGAGCAGGUGAUGAAGAGCAAGGGGGGCAUUGCCUAUCUCGUAUGUCACAGCGUGGGUAACCCAGCCCCUGCUAUGCACUGGACUCGCCACAGAAAUAGACUCCACAAUAGUUACAAACAUCGGACAAGCACUACCAGUAACGGACCAUUCCGUCAAAAGUCCGAGUUGCGGAUCAUGCACCUGGAAAGCAAUGAUUAUGGUGAAUACGAAUGCUUCGCCCAUAACAACAGAGGCAACGUAAACACAAGUGUCACACUCGUUGAACCUUCAAAAUGAGCUCCAGUUCUGGCAGAAUACCGAGACAAUGCCCACAGACCUGAAGCCCGGGAGGUUCCCUCCACAACUGUACAAAGACAUUCACCCUCGGGGCAUACCAAUUAGGUCGACGCCCUGGAUGGACAAAACGUGUUCUACAGAUACUUGGACAGGUCCAGUCGAUGUGUAGAUGACUAUGAAAUUUACUGUUCUGAGGACGCAAAGUGGCCAGGUGCUCCCCGGCUUCGAAUUAUUAUGUGUUAAUUAUCUAAAGUGUUGAGAGAAAUACUCCACGCUCGUGACAUAUCUCACGCUUUCUGUGAAAAACUUUGAUGUUCUCAGCAACGCCAUCUCAGCGCGUUGUUUGUAACAUACUGGCUUCUUUUUGUAUCCGAGAAUUGAAUAAAAGAAAGAAUAAAUCA